GAUUUUAAUUCUUCAAAAAGGUAGGAACUUGAACUUGUUUUUUAAGAAUUGCUUCCAUGACUGAACCUAACGAGCCAUGACACGGAAGACUGGAGAGAGAUGUCGGGGAGGAGCCAGCGCCUCGUCUGAGAUCAAAGAAUCAGUUGACUUGACCAUCUUGAACCCUCCCGACCCUUUCCCUUCUUUUUUUCUAGCCGGGCAGAAGCUUGCCGCCAGUCUGCUUUUGUGGAUGGCGGUGUGCAACGCCGUCGCGGAUUCAGUCUUCCAUUCCAUCGGUCACGCUGGUUCAGGAGUUGGCUGUCAUGCUGUCCAGGCUCUGACGCUUGCCUGUGGUGUAAUUGUUGUUCAAUACCAAGAGAUGAAGCUUGUGAACCCAAAUGACUUAUUCCAUUAUCUCUUGAAGAAUAACAAGCUGAACAGAGGGCGGUUGCUUGGGUUAGAUGUUGGUAGUCGGUAUGUUGGUUUGGCUAUUUCUGACCGCAACAAUGCGCUUGCAUCACCUCUGAGUGUAUUAGUAAGAAAGAAGUCAAACAUACAGUUGAUGGCCAGUGACUUUGAGACUUUGGUUUCAAGAUGUCAGCUAUUCGUGUCGAUAUCUAUAGAUUCUGGUUUUGUGUAGGUGGCACAAGUAAAGCUAUUCGUGGAUUCUCUUCGCAGGACUGGGCAACUUGAAGGAUUGAGCUACACGUACUGG